AUCCACUGCAUACCAGCUACUCACAAACCACAAAUACCACAAAUCUACACAUCUACACAUCUACAAAUCUACACUACCUCAUCGAAUCCAUAAAACUCUCCUCUGGCCUCGAGGGAAAAGAAUUAGAUAACCUACGCUUUUCGUCUCGACCCAAGGCCUGAGGAGGGCCCCUUUUCAACUCCACCGGACUCGAUACGAGUCUACCUGUACUGAGAGAACCAACAAUCUCUAAUUACCCGGCCUAACGGCUUGCGCUGCGUGAGGUAUGCGAUAUAUUUCCGGUUUUUCUACCUCACGAAACUCAUUUCCUCGACCUAAACUUGCGAAUGCGCAUGAGGUGGAGACGAAGUCGAUGAAGUAUGUGGAUAUGCUAACAUGCAUGCUCCAGUCUCGGAACCAACAGGUUUGCUUAAUUGCAAUACUUACAACGACGAACGACACUUCCGAACUCUUCAAGCAUUCAUAAUGCUGUCAAAUCCAACCAAAGCUCUUCACAAUCGCCAACGACAACAUCGACGACAAAAUUCAACACCAACGGCAUUCGAACCUGUGAAAGCAAACAACCUGCCAGAUAUACAGAGACAUGGCACACAUCGACGUGGCAUGAGUCUCGAUCAACGACGACAACCUUCAUCACCGCAGGAUGUAACGGUAAGUAAUACUAACAAUCAAGGAUAUCAAACGACACAACAACAGCAUAUAUUGCGAGAAACGCAGCAGCAGAGACUGGUACGCCCGGGUCACCACUUUCGCCUCGACAAUGACGAGAAUUAUCUCAAUUCCCCCGCCGUCACCCCACAUAGACAAUCUUUUGAUGCCGGAUGUAUCAAUUACGUAGACCAAAUAAACGCUCAGUUUGGCUACACCGGACCAAUCAACCCACUAAAUUAUGUCGACCCUCAUUCAUUUUCGGGAGCCAACGACUUCGGCAUUUUUGCUCCAGGCGGUGCAAUGACUCCUUCAGCAUUUCUGAAUUUCUCUGCCGAGUUUGACAACAGCAACAAUCCUUCCAAUGAUGGCAGUAGAAGAUCAUCGAGUGGACGGAGAAUCAGUGGUGGUAUUAUGGACCGAGUGUCUCAAUUUGAGAACAUGGCUAUUCAAUCACCCCUCCGUCAGAGACCUAUUACACCACCAAAUCAGAAUGUAACAAGUAAGUCUUAUUUAUUUUUCUGGAAGAAGAAAAAACUGCCAGAAUUAGCUAACAUCAUUGCCAGGUUAUUUCCCGCCUACUCCAAUUGGUACACCUCAGGAUAGAAUGAUCAAGCAAGAACAAAUGAAUCAACGAUUUCUCGAUUCCUACGACACAUCCAUGGAGGAGACGAUCAAACCAAAAAGCAAUCAAAGAGCGCGAGGAGUUUUUGAAGAUAUGCGAAGAGAAGCAGAAAUGAACGCCAUACAGCCCAUCCCGAGCCAGGCUCGAAACAUAAUUGUUCAGACAAGUUUUGAUUCUGCUCCAAUGCCAACCGCAAACUUCAUGAACAUGUCAAAUCUUAAUCUUGAAUUCAUGAAAAAUGAACCCCAGUAUCCACAAUUUUCGCCUGUCGCAGCAGACCCAUCUUCAGCAGUUUCCUAUAGCUCCUCUCCAGAUAUUUCCCAGCGUACAAUCAAAGGAAAUCCAUUCGCGAAUACUCCGGCAAUGGAACCCGCUUACAACGAGCCACAGCCAGCAACAAGACAUCUAGUAUCUCCCUCACCUCUAUCACAGGCUUCUCACCGACGCUCCGAAUCAAUAUGCAGUAUCAAUCUUGACGAGUCGCAAACCGAGACUGGUAUCACUCUAGAUGACAUUGCCAAUUUCAUUCAGGGCCCAGAUCCUCAUGACGGAAAAUGGGUAUGCCUUUUUCCAGAAUGUGGCAAACGGUUCGGACGUAAGGAAAAUAUCAAAUCGCAUGUGCAAACCCAUCUAGGUGACAGACAAUUCCAGUGCCCGCACUGCAAGAAAUGCUUCGUUCGCCAGCAUGAUCUCAAGCGUCACGCCAAAAUCCAUAGUGGUGUCAAGCCUUAUCCUUGCCAGUGUGGUAACAGCUUUGCGAGACAUGAUGCUCUUACUCGUCACAGACAAAGAGGAAUGUGUAUUGGAGCUUUUGGGGGUGUUGUGAAAAAGACCGCCAAGCGAGGACGCCCGCGUAAGAAUCGUCCAGACGAUGAGAAGCGCCUCACCAAAUCUUCAAGAACACGUAAUAAGAACAAAGGAAUGUCAUCAGGCUCGUCCACAGGAGGUACUGAGAGCACUUCGGGAAAUUCACCACGGAGCGAGAUUGAUAUCUUGGAUGACAAGCUAUUCGGCAAUUAUCGAUAUGGACAAACCUCCAAGCCUUCCCAGGAGGCGGAUAAAGCCACUUUAGAAUACUUACAGCCACAGUCUCCGAAUUCAGCAGAGUGCAUCUCACCCCAAGACACUCAAAAUCCUUCCUCUCCGGCCGCGAAUAGUGUUCACUCAACUUAUUCACGUCAUCAGUCGUUCUCGGAUAACCUCCCAUCCUCGCCUCAAUCUCCCGCUCGCAGCCAGCACAGCCAGUAUCAUUCGCCGCCUGGUCUUUGCGAAUCAUCUUCAUCACCUGCUCCCAGCCACACUUACUACGAUAUUGACAACUCUUCCAAUCACGGCGAGGCAAUGCCCAGUCUAUCAUUGGCCAAUAUCUCUGAGCACGACGACGAGAUGUUCCUCGAGGCUUUUGCCGCAGCGGGUUCUAAUGGCUUGAGCCAAUUGGAGCGAGACCCAGAAAUGCUCUUGUCAAAGUUUGACGAUAGCUUCAACGCUUCUGGGGGUGAAGAUAUGUUCAAGAACGAGGCGGAUGUUUUCUUUGGGAGCCCAUGAUUCUAUUGAGUCCUUUUCAUGUAUGCAACCAAGUCAAGGACAAUCUCGAGGAUGCGAAUUAUGCGGCUUUAUUCUCCUUUUCGCGAAGCAUCUUUCUCGACUGUAUCAAUAUGUAUUCUGGAGGCCGAUCUCAUAGGGUGUGGGUUAAUGGGACUGGCGGAAUGGUGUUUGCUUUUUUUAUUCUGCCAAAAAUUUCUUCAACGAUUUCCUUUCUUUAGGCGUUGUUUUUUAACUGAGUCUAUUACUUUAUUUUAGUUUAUUUGUGGUUUUCAUGGAGGCAGCAAUUCCCUGGAAGGGAAUGGGCUGCGGGCUGGGUUUUCUUUUAUGAUAAUGAUGGAGAAUAUGACGGAAUCAAAAAGGGGGAAUUUUAUGCUGGGGUCUUGCAUGCUAGUCAGUCAAUGAAAUUCAAGAUUCG